GGUACAUGUUGCGCUCCGCCUCACAACAUUUUCGUUAAUUUCAAGAGUGCCGGCGAGAGUGAAUGUUGUUUUUUUGUUUUAAUGUGUUUGUGAAAAAGACAAAAUGAAGUUUUUAUUGCUGAUGUUCCUUGUACAUCAGUCUUCGGGCGUUAUUUAUCAUUUAAAUUUCACGGAGUACAGCAAAAUGCCAGAGCUGUACCACAUGGACGACUACGACACGUGUAUCACCGAGCCGGGGGGGACUUACUGCCUUUUCGACGCCGAUCUCUACUCAAAAAACAAUUCUGAACUCAUGCAAAUGAUUAAAGAAUACACCGCUUACGAAGUGAAGCAUUUCAACCACACGGUGGUGCACCGAGCGUUGUGUGUACAGAAAACUUGCAAGAGCUUCAUGCAGAACAGGAGUCUAGAAAACGAGGAGGACCUAAAAGCCGUCCUUGAGGCGUGCGUGGAUGACGAGCUGUGGAAAGGAUACCAGCUUAAUGCCAGGUUAACUGAAAUAACAUACUGCAAAAGGCACGGCGAAAAGUCUUCCCUCAGCAUCGGAGACUACGUGGUCGGAGCUGUCUAUCUGAUAUUGAUCAUUUUGAACGCCGCUGGGACAUCAUACGACAUCUUAAAGGGCGAGAAAGCAGGAAACCCGUACUUAAUGGCGUUUUCCAUGCGUAAAAACUGGCGCAAGCUGAUAGCGCCCAGCGGAGAGGGCCCCGAACCUAGGCUCAACAGGCUCAAACUUUUCAAUGGGCUGAGGGCGCUGACGAUGAUCUGCGUGUUUUUCUCACACACGGCUCUGGUACUUGCCUACACCUAUCUCAAGAAUCCUUACUACAUCGAAACGUCAUACGAUGAUCCUGCAAAAUACAUCUUGUUUAACGGGAACCUUGUGACGUAUACGUUCUUCGUGAUGUCCGGUUUUCUGUUGGCGUUCAACUUCGAGCUGCACGCCGAGAAGCACCGAGUUAGCCUGUGGGACUGGCCGAAGGGCAUGCUGAUGCGAUGGCUGAGGUUGACUCCAAUAUAUGCUCUGGUCAUGUUCACCGUGAUGACCCUGAUGCGGCACCUGGGUGAUGGGCCCCUGUGGCCUCACGUGGUGACCAGCGAGGCCGUCGCCUGCAACAAGUACUGGUGGGCACACUUGCUCUACGUCAACAAUUACAUCUUCGACGACUCGCAUUGCUUCCCGCAGAGUUGGUAUCUGGCAGCAGACACACAACUCUUCGGGCUGGGGCUACUCGUGUGCAUACUGUUCCGGAAGCCGCGUGCGCAGAUUAUCGCGCUGACUUUUAUGCUGAUCGUGGCGCUGGCCAUCCCCGCUGCGCAUCUAUACUUCCAGAACUUGGGGGCUGUGGUGCAUCUAUCGCCAGAAACCUACCGCUCCCUCUUCCGGUUCAACGACACAUUCCGCAUCAUCUUCGUGGGCGGGCACACGAACAUGUCCACGUACGCGCUGGGCAUCGCCGGUGGACUCCUCGCCUACCACUUACUCAAGAACGAGAAGAGUGUCUCAGAAAAGCUGCAGAAAUACCCCUGGAUCAUGUGGAUGACGUUCCCCAUUGGCGUGGGCACCAUCUUGUCCGGCGGCAUCUUUUACAUGGACGGCUUCGAACCCUCAAACCCCGUGAAGAUCAUCUACGGCGCCAUCCACAAGCCCCUGUUCCAGUGUAACAUCAUCUUUAUUAUCAUUGCCUGCAUCUUUAAGGUCGAAACCGUGUUCCGUGGCAUCCUAGAGUGGCGCGGCUUCACGUGGAUGGGUCGCGCGUCGUACGCCGGUUUCCUGCUACACUCGCUGUUCCAGCGCGGUCUGGUGGGAUCCCAGAGACUGCCUUCUUACAUGUCCGACUACUACAUAAUGGUGCUGUUAUCCGCCACCAUAUUCCUCGCGUUCGCCUCCGGCGCACUGCUUUGGGUGACAGUGGAGUCCCCCCUGGCCAUAGUCACUAAGCUCAUCCUGUCCCCACCCAGAAAGAACAGGCCACCCAGACAGGAAGCUGAGACGGAAGAUGUGAAGGGAAAAGAUAUUACAACCAAAGUAUAGAUUUAAGUUAGAUGUAGUUGGAGCUGCCCACCGCGCAUAAAGGAUGACAUACGCUAGAAAGGUCCGAGGUGUCCGACACUUCGUUUUUAUGGCUCUUCUACACGAUGGACUUCUGAACCAGCGAGAUGGUCAUGCGAUGGUGAUGGCUCCUCUACACGAUGGCCCGGCGCUGGACCACCGUGAUAGCCAUGCGAUGGCUGAGAGCACGUGUUGUGGAAUGGCCCACGUGUAGACGCGUACGCACCAUCGCUGGCCCACUACCUGAUGUACGGACGAAAAAUCGCCGCACCACAUCGCCAUCCCGCCGCACCAUAAGCCAUCCGACACCACUAAUUUCUCUACACGCUGGCCCAUGUUAGCGGGCCAGUAUGAUGGCCCAUCGUGGAGAAGAGCUAUAGGCAGCAUCACAUGACUAUCGAGGCUCGGAAGUGACUGUAAGGUGUAACAAAAAUAGUGGGGAUCCGUUUAAGGGAAUAUUCGGUAUCGUGUUCUGCGGCUGUAGCACGGUCGCAUUUUUAUCACUUGUCACUAUGCCUGUCACUUUCGCACUUAACCACUUGAUAGAACGUGACAGGCAUAGUGACAAAUGCCUACUGUUACUGUUUAGGAAAAAGUAGAAGAUAGAAAUUGUUGACGCGAGAGCGUAGUGGCUCAUAAAUCACCUGGCAUGUAUAAAAUUAUAUAAAUUUCUGAAUAUUCUAGAAAAUCUACCUUGCUUGUGUUUAAUUUAGAUGCGUUACAUUUUUCAUAGACUAUAGAUAUUGUUGUUGCAACGUUUUCGUAAAAAUAAUCGAUUUCCUUACAAAGUAAGCAGUUUUCAUUGCUCUUGAUUUGUUAAAUAUACGAAAUAAUUCGUUAUAUUUUGGAAUAAGGGAUAGCAUAAGAUAAAAUAAGUAAAUAAAUAUUUAUAACAUG